CCCGCACCCCGAUCCUCUCUCUGUCCCACACCACCACCACCAUCCCUCCCGACCCGGCAACCCACCCUCGCCGCACCCGCGCCCUCACCACCUGCGCCUCACCCACCCCGCCUGCCUCUUUUGGUUCCCGUCCCUGUCACCGCGUCACCGUUGUCUGCCUCGCUGUCCCGUUCCCCACCCCAUUCGCGCGCCAUGGCGAGCAGCCGCGACGCCGUGCUGCCGCCCGUGCCCGGCGCACCCGGCCUCAGCGCCGGCAGUGCGCCGUCGGACGACGACUACGUCGACAUCCGCGCCUCGCCGCUCCUCGCCAGCGGCCACCUCGCCGAGACGGCGCUGCGCCCCAUUCAGCUCAGCACGCGCGUGAGCCAGGUGCGCGUGCCGGUGCCGACCGCGCCGUACGAGGCCUGGAUCACUGCCAUCGUCGUGCGCGACGACUUCCACCGCGGCCUCGCAGCUGCUGGCAAGGACGGUGCCGCCGAGGCUGCCGCGCCUGCGCCGCCGGCCGAGGAGGACGACGUCGACGACGACGAGGAGACGCGCGCCGCCAACCAGGCGCGCCGCAACGCCGCUCUCGCCGCGACACAGCUUGAGGGCCGCGUCGUGCUGGCCGCGCGCUUCCUCGGCUACCUCGCAGGCAAGCUCAACGGCAGCGCAAGCACCGCAGCAAGCGGAAGCGGCAGCAGCAGCGGCAGCAGCGGGCGCAGCGCCAGCCCCGCCGCCAAGGCCGGCACGCCGUCGCACGAGGGCAACAUCCUGCAGUGCGCCUGGGCCGCCUUCAACCAGCAGUUCCUCGCCGCCGCACACACCGACGUGCACGCGCUCACGGCACGCCUCGACGCCGCGCUGCGCACCGAGGUGCUCUGCAGCUACUACGACGCGCUCGUCGUGCUCGAGCACUCCGGCGGCCUCGUGCCCGCGCUCCCGACGCCCAAGCUGCUCGCGCUUGCCGAGCAGGGCGAGACGGAGAUCUUUGCCGUCUUUGGCGGCCAGGGCACCAACGAGGUCUACUUCGAUGAGCUGCAGGAGCUGUACAACACCUACCGCGCCCUCGUCGCGCCGACGCUGCAGGCCGCCAGCGCCGUGCUGCAGUCGCUCGUCGAGGAGGCGACGCUCGCCGGCUUCGGCAGCUACUACACGCACGGCGCCGACGUCUUUGGCUGGCUGUCGGGCCGCGUGCCACGGCCGCCGGUCGCGUACUUCGCCAGCAUUCCGCUGAGCCUGCCGCUCAUCGGCCUCACGCAGCUCACGCAGUACCUCGUCGCCUGCCGCGCCAGCGGCCUCUCGCCCGGCGAGUUCCGCGCGCGCGUCAAGGGCGCCACGGGCCACUCGCAGGGCGUCGUCUCGGCCAUCGUGCUGGCGGCGUCGGAGAGCGAGGAGAGCUUUGCGCUCAACGUCAUCAAGGGCCUGCGCCUGCUCUUCCACAUCGGCAAGCGCGGCCAGGAGGGCUUCCCGCGCCUCUCGCUCGAUGCCGCGCUCGUCGCCGACGCCGUCGCCGGCGGCGAGGGCGAGCCGACGCCCAUGCUGUCCGUGCAGGGCCUGACGCAAAAGGCCCUCGACGCCGCCGUCGCCGCGGUCAACAAGCACAACGAGGCGGCGCACAAGAUCGACAUUUCGCUUUUCAACGGCCCGACGAGCUUCGUCGUCACGGGCCCGCCGCGCUCGCUCUUCGGCCUCGUCGGCCACCUGCGCGCCAAGCGUGCCGACCCCGACGCGGACCAGUCGAAGCUCGUGUACUCGAAGCGCAAGGCCGUCUUCAACAUGCGCUUCCUGCCCGUCGGCGUGCCGUACCACUCGCGCCACCUCGAGGGCGCCGCCGACAAGGUCGUCGAGCUCGACCUGCAGCGCGACGAGCUCUGGAGCGCCGGCGAGCUGCGCACCGCCGUGCACAACACGUACGACGGCUCGAACCUCGCCACGUACGACAGCGCCAGCAUCGUGCGCUCGGCGUGCGACCAGAUCUUCACGCAGCACAUCCACUGGCUCAAGGCGUGCAACGUGCCCGCCAGCACGACGCACUGCGUCGACUUUGGCACCGGCGGCCUCUCGGGCAUCGGCGGCCUCACGCUGCGCAACCUCGAGGGCCGCGGCGUGCGCGUCGUCACCGUCUCGGGUCGCCACCGCUACUCGGCCGAGCUGUACGACGUCGCCUCCGUGCAGCGCGAGCAGUCGUGGGACGCCUUUGCGCCGAAGCUCGCGCGCACCGCCAACGGCCUGCAGCUCGACACGCCGCUCGCACGCAUUCUCGGCCGCCCGCCGAUCACCGUCGCCGGCAUGACGCCCUCGACGGUGCAGGCCGGCUUCAACGCCGCCACGGCCAACGCCGGCUACCACAUCGAGCUCGCCGGCGGCGGCCACUACAGCGCCUCGGACCUGCGCCGCAAGAUCGACACGCUGCAGUCGCUCGUGCAGCCGGGCGUCGGCUUCACGCUCAACUCGCUCUACAUCAACCAGCGCCAGUUCACCGUGCAGUUCCCCGAGUGGCUCGCCAUGCGCCGCGAGGGCUACCCGCUGCAGGGCUUCACGUGCGCAGCAGGCAUCCCCUCGCCCGAGAAGGCCAAGGAGAUCAUCGAUGGCCUCAAGACGGCCGGCCUGCGCCACAUGACGCUCAAGCCCGGAUCCGCCUCGGGCAUCAAGCAGGUGUGCGCCAUUGCCGCGCAGAACCCGAGCUUCGGCAUCAUCCUCUGCUGGACGGGCGGCCGCGCCGGUGGCCACCACUCGUCCGAGGACGAGGACGCGCCGCUCGCCGCGCUGUACUCGCGCAUCCGCCAGCAGCGCAACAUCGCGCUCAUGGUCGGCGGCGGCUUCGGCGAGGCGUCGGGUGCCGACUUUGCGCCGUACCUCGACGGCUCGUGGAGCGCCAAGCACGGCCUUCCGCCGGCGCCCGUCGACGGUGUCGUGUACGGCUCGUGGGCGAUGCUGGCGAGCGACAGCCACACGUCGGCGGCGGUGCGCGAGCUCAUGGUUGCCGCGCCGGGCUGCGACGACUCAAACUGGGAGCAGACGCACGCCGCCAAGGGCAACAAGUCGGGCAUCAUCAGCGUCAUCAGCGAGCUUGGCGAGCGCAUCCACGUCAUCGAGAACCGCGGCACGCGCCUGUGGCGCAAGCUCGACGACGAGCUCUUCAGCCUCAAGACGUCCGCCAAGCGCGACGAGUACCUGGCCAAGAACAAGAAGGUCAUUGUCAAGGCGCUCAACGCCGACUUUGCCAAGGUAUGGUUCCCCGCGCGCGACGGCCAGCCGCUCGACGACCUCAGCGAGAUGACGUACCGCGAGGUCGCGCUGCGCCUCGUCGAGCUGUGCUUUGUGGCGCACCAGGGCCGCUGGAUCGACCCGUCGUACCGCCAGACGGUCGGCGAGUUCCUGCGCCGCUGCGAGGAGCGCGCCGCCACGCGCGACGGCCCUUCGGUGCUGCAGUCGUUCGCCGUGCUCGACAAGGAGCCGGCCGCGUUCGUGCAGCGCUUCUUCGACGAGCACUACCCGGCGCGCCUCGGCCUGCUGGGCGGCGAGGACGUCGCCUUCCUGCUGGCGCUCGUCACGCGCCGCGGCGCCAAGCCGCCGCCGUUCAUCCCCGCGCUCGACGGUAGCUUCCAGACGUACUUCAAGAAGGACUCGCUGUGGCAGAGCGAGGACCUCGACGCCGUGCCCGGCCAGGACGCGCAGCGUGUGUUCAUCCUGCACGGCCCCGUCGCCGCGCAGCACGCCAAGCGCUCCGACCAGCCGAUCAAGGACAUGCUCGACGGCGUGCAGAAGGGCCUCAUCCAGCACGUGCUGCAGCAGUACUACGGCGGCGACGAGAGCAAGGUGCCCUACGCCGACUACCUCGGCCCGCAGGCGCCCGACGUCGACGAGGCCGGCCUGCUGGCGCGCUGCGGCAUCAGCAAGCAGGGCGACGCCGCCAAGGCCACGUACAGCCUCGGCUCCGUGCUGCCGCCCGCCGACGAGUGGCUCGAGGUGCUUGCCGGCCACGGCGAGACCUGGAUGCGGGCUCUCCUGCGCAGCGUCAGCGUCGUGCAGGGCAGCUCGUACGCCGACAACCCGAUCGCGCGCAUCCUCUCGCCGCGCCGCGGCCAGGUCGUCGAGGUCAGCUACGACUCCAACGGCGCGCCGCUCGGCCUCGUCGUGCGCGGCUCGGCACGCUCGUACGGCCCGCACAAGCCCGAGUUCAAGGCCGUCGAGAUCUCGCGCGCCGACGAGCUCAUCAACGUCACGCUCUUCGAGGACGUCGAGGACCGCGCCGUGCCGCUGCCGCUGCAGUUCCGCUACGUGCCCUCGCAGCCGUUUGCGCCGAUCCACGAGGUCAUGUCCGGCCGCAACGAGCGCAUCGCCGACUUCUACCGCGGCGUGUGGAGCCUCGACGCCGUGCCCAAGGACACGACCGUCUUCACCUCGCCGCCCAAGGAGGUCGAGGCCGAGGACAUCCGCGCCUUUUCGCGCGCCGUCUCGCUCGCCAACGAGGAGUACGUCACGGCCGCCUCGGCGCCGCUCGACUGGAGCAUCCGCGCCGGCUGGCGCAGCCUGAUGGCCGCCGCCAUGUCGGUGCCGGACAGCUCGUUGCUCGACCUCGUGCACCUGUCCAACUCGUUCAAGCGCGUCGCGGCGCCGCUGCGGCCCGGCGACGUGUGCUCCUCGCGCGCCGAGGUCACGAGUGUCAAGAUUGGCCCGACGGGCAAGAGCGUCGUCGUGCGCGGCGUCGUGCUGCGGCACGAGAACGGCGAGCCGGUGCCCGCCGUCGAGGUGACGAGCAGCUUCUUCUUCCGCGGCUCGUUCAAGGACUACGCCUCGACGUUCACGCGCUCGUCGGAGACGUACCGCGUCGAGCUCAAGUCGGCGUCGGACGUGUCGGUGCUGCUGGCCAAGGAGUGGUUCAGCGCCACGGGCACGCUGACGCCGGGCGUGCCGCUCGAGAUGCAGGUCGACUCGGAGAUGCGCUACGCCGGCGACAGCAGCAGCUUCAGCGCCGUGGGCGUGUCGGGCGGCGUGUACAUGCGCGACGCCAACGACGGCAAGCGCGUGCGCGUCGGCGAGAUUGCCUACGACGCCGAGGGCAAGAGCUACGGCAACCCCGUCGUCGAGUACAUCAAGCGUCUCGGCGGCAGCACGCUCGGCCCGAUCCCGCUCGAGGGUGGCGGCUACUCGCUGCUCACGGGCGCCGAGGCGCACACCUGGACGGCGCCGGCGACCAACGCGCCGUACUCGGCCGCCUCGGGCGACUACAACCCGAUCCACAUCAACCCGUACUUCUCCGACCUCGCCGGCCUGCCGGGCACGAUCACGCACGGCAUGCACUCGUCGGCGGCCGUGCGCCGCAUCGUCGAGGAGAUUGCCGCCGAGGGCCACGCGGACCGCUUCCGCAGCUUCGACGCCAACUUUACGGGCAUGGUGCUGCCGGGCGACGAGCUCACGAUCGGCCUGCGGCACGUGGCGAUGCGCGACGGCCGCAAGAUCAUCCGCGUCGAGGCGACGAACCAGCGCGGCGACAAGGUGCUCGACGGCGAGGCGACCGUCGACCAGGCGCCGACGGUGUACACGUUCACCGGCCAGGGCUCGCAGGCCGUCGGCAUGGGCAUGGACCUGUACGAGUCGUCGCCGGUCGCGCGCGCCAUCUGGGAGCGUGCCGAGCGGCAUCUGCAGACGACGAUGGGCAUCUCGGUGCUCGACAUUGUGCGCAACAACCCCAAGUCGCACACGUGCCACUUUGGCGGCGUCGCCGGCGCGCGCAUCCGCAACCAGUUCAUGAGCAUGACGUUCGAGGCGCCCGACGGCACGACGCGCCCGCUCUUCCCCGAGAUCACGACGCAGUCUACGUCGUACACGUUCAACUCGCCAGACGGCCUCCUCUUCAUGACGUCGUUUGCGCAGGUCUCGAUUGUGCUCGUCGAGAUGUCGGCGUUCCAGGACAUGCAGUCGCGCGGCAUGGUCGACCCCGCCGCGCCGUAUGCCGGCCACUCGCUGGGCGAGUACGCGGCGCUGGCUUCCGGCGGCACCCUGACGGUGGAGCAGGUGUGCGACGUGUGCAUGCGCCGUGGUCUCACCAUGGAGCGUGCCGUCGCCCGUGACGCCGAGGGCCGGACGGACUACGCGCUCAUGGCCGUCGCACCGGCGCGCCUGCAGCUCACCGACGAGAUGCUCAUGCACAUCAUCACCGAGAUCGACGCCAUCGAGGGCUGCUUCCUGCAGGGCAUCAACUUUAACGUCUCGACGCUGCAGACCGUCGUCGCCGGCAACCUGCGCGGCCUGCAGACGCUCACCCACACGCUCAACGCCAUCGCCAAGGCGACGCGCGGCUGAGCGACAUUCUCUAUGCCCCUGCUCGUGCUGCCCUGCUC